CUGAGUAGAGUGUUGGAGGCUAUUUUGUAGAUGACAUCAUCGAAGUCGGGGAUCGGUAGGUGGCGGAGUGCACAUUUAAUUGUUGCGAACGCCAUUAUACCAACGAAGAAGAAUGUCGCCAAUGACAGUUAGACCACAGCUUGAAGUUAUUGUUGUGUUUGAGGCACGAGUUAAAUGUAGCUUAGCUAGAGUAGCUUCCAAAUGUCAUAGUAGUAACGUUAGCUAGCUAGCCGUCUUAAAAGGAAGAUGAUGUCAACAAGUGCUGUCACGAUGUUCAUCAUCAUUGCUGCUGUAUGCAGCCUGUUGCUCGUUGCUCAAGGGCAGAUGGACGAUGAGGAAUGGAUAGAUCCCUAUGAUAUGUUGAACUACGACCCAAGCACAAAGACCAUGAGAAAGUCUGCUGAGGUUUCACAACUGCCUUCAUGCAAUCUGGUGUUCAAGCAAUUCCUCACCAAGCUUCUGAAGGAGAUUGAAAAAUUUGGCCUGCCCAGUGAUUUCCAGAAUGAUCUCUACUACGACGCCAAAGUAAGACUGUCCCGGCAAGCGUUGGCAGAGAUCUGGAAGCUUCUGGAGGGAAGGGACACCUGUAGAAUGGAGGAUCUGGACGAUGCCCUCAGCCAGAUCCUGGUGGAUCUCAAACCACAUGAACUCGAGGCCUCGAGAUGGCACUUUGAGGACACCUUUGGUGUAGAGAUCGACACAGUCAUGAAGGUGUUUGUUUGUGUCUUAAUUAUAGUGGUCAUCAUCUGCAGCGAGCUGUGGUCUACAGUCUCCUGGUUUGUCCAGUUCACGCGAAUCUUCGCCAUCUGCUUUCUCAUCGGUCUGGUGUGGUUUUGCUUCUUCCUCCACAAGAUUGACUUUGCCGUCGACGCGAAAUGCACCGGGAAAAUUGACUGGUGGGACUUAAAUGAAGGCACCUCUGUACCAAUGACUCUCCAGGAUGGUCUCUGUAAGAUGUACAACAAAGUCCUCAACGUCACCCCAAUCCGUCUCGUACCCCAAGCUAAGAAGCACUUUGGCCAGAGGAUCAGCGAGUUGCUCGUAGCCAUCAAUGACCUGCCGGUCACCCGGGAUAUCCCUGUGCUCCUCAUCGUGCUUUCCAUCCUGGUGUUUAUGUACUGUAGAUGCCAGGCAGCCAUCAAGCACGGCAUUACGAGACUGCUGCGCAUCGGCAGGCCCAGGGACCCUCCUCCUCCAGCCAUGGACCAGCCCGAGCCCCAGGCCCAUCUGAGAGGUACAAACCACGACCCACUGGCAGGGGGGGAGGCCCCUCAAUGCUCCCCUCCCAGAAACGUGGAGACCCUGAGGAACGACGACCGGCCGUUUAGCAACGUCCAGGAAGAGAUACAACAAGAACCAGUUGUAGCUGGGGCCACAACUGAAGGCAAUGACUCACAAGAAGCUAAACCCUCUCCAGCUAAAGCCAAACCCAAUGAGAGGGACGUGAAGUCUGAAUCUAAGGUGGCUACUGACGGGGAGUCUAAGCAGCUGGCCGAGAGGCAGCCCUCACCAACUACACUAGGGAAUAAUACGCAGGAGAAGUCAUCAGAAGAGAAGAUUUCAUCUAUCUCAGGGCAGCAUGGUGAAACUGAUGGGGUGCCUGUACAAGAGACUGAACCAUCGUCGCUAGCAAUAUAGACGAUGUUCUUGUCAUUGACAGCAGUGCGAAAUCUCAAAUCCGUGAGUUGGAUGCCUUAAGCCAGUUAUAAAGAUGCAGUUUCUCAAGAGAAUAAAGAAUACUUUUUAUUUCAUUUUUUGAAAAUGUUUUUCAGUUUACAAUGUAGGCCGUAGUGAUUUUUAUCU